UGUGACCGCGGGAUAGAGCCCCGUCGCCUGUCCGUACACUAAUGCAGAACCAAAAUGUGGCGAAGAACGACAUGGAAACAAUGGAAAAAGCGCCCUCUAGGGAAAUGACCAUCGGGGAUGUGGUUUUGCCCGGGGGCUCAAAGCGUCAGGCCUCGAAACUAAAUCCCGUCAAGUUGGAAGGUCACGAGGGCGCGAAGCGGACCAGUGUGGCUGUGCUUAAAUAUAAACCCGGCUUGGCCAAAGCGCACCAAGCCGACAAACGCAAAAACUUCCAUGAGAAAACCUUCGGGAAAGACAACGAAGAGCCUCAGCUGUGGAGCACAGUACCGGGUGGCACAGAAGUACAUUUCUCUGGCUAUGCGAUCAGACAUUUGAAACCACACUCACAGAGUUCUCCUGGUAAAAUAAGUGUGGCAAGGAGUUCAUCAGACACAAGUUAUCCACAAAAUCAAAUAGAUCAAAUAAAAGAAAUUCAUCAGCAGAAUCUACCUCCAAGACCAACCCUUUCACCCCCUAGCCCACAACCAUGGACUGAACCAAAGAAAGCAGAUCAUAAUUCUGCUUUGUUAUCAGAUAAUUUCUCAGAUACCGCCUUAACUCUGUUUGAUUAUCCCAAAGCAACCCACGCAGCACUGUUGUUCAGCCAUGCCGGAGGAUCACUGCAAAUAAGUGACAAGUUUUCUCCUGAUGGAAAGCGAUAUACAAUUCCUAGUGUUCAUAUUGAGAAACCCUGGAGUCACUACAGGCCUCUGAUCACCAAUGCCUCAAAGGACUGGUCUCGCUUUGUAUCAGAGUGUGGGGAAUUUGUUCUUCCUAAAAGGGACCAUAAAGAUUUACACUACUCUGGGUAUGCAGUCAGAUAUUUGAAACCUAACGUUACACAGUCCUGGAAGUACUCUCAGCAAACGGAGCCGUCAUUCAGCAAUUACAACCAGAAGCCCAUUGCAUUCAAUACUCUCAAUCAAUUCAGAAGACUGUCCAGACCAUUCAGCUGUUGUUCAUCUCUGCAACCUUGGUACUAAAGUGCAUCGUGGUUUUGAAAGCUUUGAGCAGAAGCUAUUGGCAUGGAAUCUGUGACCAGAUUUGCUGCAGGAUCUGAAGAUGAUAAGAUAAUUUCAUAGGAGUAAUCAAUUCUUAUUCAGUAGGAAGAACAUACUUCACUUCACACUGAGUAAACAGUGUAAUGGAAGUGCAUUGUAUGUGUAUUUCUUCUAGUGCUCAUGCAUUCCAAUAAUUUGUUGCUGCCUGAUACAAUGUGUUAUGUAAUUGUUUUCACAGUGAUUCAUACAACUUACCUUCACCGUUACUGAUGCAUUAUAUAGGUAAUAUUUUAUGCAAUAAAUACCUCAGUCUUUCUAAUUAUAUGCCAAUUGAUCCAACUUUCUACAUACUAAUUUUGUGCAACCAAAAUGGUGCAAGUAUGUGAAUGCUGGGGUUGCCAGUCAUGCACUGAGCAUCAAUCCAGGGAAGUGGAGAGUAUUCUGAAGGCGGCUUGUAGAUAGUGGUAUGCCUUCAGAAUGUCACUCAGGCAUGAGGCGAGUCUUCUUGCCCUACUUUUGCAGCUGCAGUUCUCAAUAGGGUUUCAGUAUGAGCUUCAGAACUUUACUUCUUGAUAGUUGCAGUAGUUAGAUAAAUUCAUCCAGAUUGGGGAAAUAAAGAAAAGGCUGAAAGAAAUCAUAGAGAUAAGGAGGGUGAACCUGUGGUGGGAUUUGAAAACAUGAAAGUCAACAUCAAAAUCAACACAGUGUUUAAUCAGAAAGCCAGAGUGGGUUAGCAAGCUCAGGAUAAUUUUAGGAUUCAUGGAUCUUGUUUAUGAUUAAGGCUUAUAGGAAAAAGGAGGACAUUUAAUAAUAUAAUGACAUAUUUAAACCUGGAAAGAAGAAAGACAUGGUUGAGGAUUUCAGCCUCCAUGUGCAAAGUAAUAUUCUGUUUUGGAUCAUAAUAUCAACUGAAAUAGAAAGUGACCAAGGAAAAUUCUUAGAGAAUGUCUAAUGUUAUUGUGUGAAUUUGGGUCCAGUAACCUUGAUUUUCCACAAGUUAGUGAAGAGGUAAGGAUUGAGACAAGCAAAUGCUGUCCUAUCCAGCUGGCAAAGAUUGGACAGGCAUCAGAGGAGCCCGCUGUGAUCAACUAUUUCAGAAGCAGUAGGCAGAAUAAGAAGGAUAUGAAUAAUCAGAAUUGCUCAAUACAGGUAGGUGGUAGGUAUCUGGUUUGACUUAUUGCCUGACACUUUGUUACACAAAUGUUAAAUGACUGUUACACUUUUAAA